GUCUAUGUGGUUUCUUCGCUACAAGUCCUGCUCAUGCUCCUGCUACAAGUCUUGCUUGUACUCCGCUACAAUCUUGCUCAUGCCUCACUACAAGUCCUAGUUGUGUCCCUACCACAAGUCCUAGUUGUGUCUUUGCCACAAGUACUGGUUGUGCCCCUACUACAAGUACUGAUUAUGCCUCACCACAA